CGGAGUUGGGUCGACCGAACGUCUGGCAGCCAAGUCUUCUUGUCGUUUGUGCCUCUGGUAGCCAUACAACAUUUUCUCAGAAAGGGCUGAUGCUGAAUUUGUUGCUGUAGCGAGCAGAUCUGUACAAACGCUCAUUGUUUGGUGACUUUGAGGGAGCCCCCGACCAUCACCAUGUUGAUUCGGACGUCUUCGAAAUUGGUUUUGUUCAUCUGCCCGCUCCUCUAUCUUGCAUGGUUCAUCAGCCGCCGUGUGUCUUCACAGAAUCAUGCCGGACGGCAGCUCCAACACUGGCUGAGGCAAGAAGAGCCUCUUGUUGGGGACAACAACGACGGGCAAGCGGCGUUGGCUGCCAGCAAGGACGUCAUCCACCUGCCUAUACCACCUGGUCCGGUGGUCGAAGUGGACGAUGACGGCAAACCUAUCGUCUACAGCUCGGUAUACAAUGAGCUCUAUUCGCUUACAUCAGCGAAUGGAGAGUACAUCAAGAUUCACUUCGGCGGCAUUGCAGCUUAUAACCCGAGCAUCAUCCCUCAUCCCAGGAAGCACGACCUCUGGAUCAUCAUUGCCUAUCAGGAGGAAAGUCGCAAGCACGACAAUGGCCCACUGACCGAGUUGACCUGCAAUGCGGGCUUUCUGAACGGAGUACUCACUUGCGCGGACAGGCCAGUGGCCGUGCCAUUGACAGUUCACGAACCUCAUUGCAAGGGCGACCUGGCCUAUUUCAAUUUCGCUACUGGCUCCCGUGAUGCCCGAGUAGUGCAUGGCCCGGAUGCACCCUAUAUCUUGUACGGCGCGCACUCCCAGCAGACGUGCCUUGGGGUGUAUAUGCAGGAUCUGCGGACUCUGCUUGUGGACUACGUCGUUGAGUCGGCAAUAUCGACACUGUUUACGGGACCGAAAGAACUGCAGCGGCCACCGCCAGUAAAGGACCUGGAGAAGAAUUUUUUCGUCUUCUGGGACUUUGACAACAAGAUGUAUGUGCACCACGAUAUCUCGCCCAAGCGUGUCUUUGCCCAACUCGAGUUCGACGGCAGCGUUGGGCCGGAUCUUGCACCGAGGGCGGCGACGACCGACGAUGCCUGUAUGGCGAGGUACAUGCCUGUACUAUCAUCCGACCAAGAAUCCAACCAUCAAGCCACGAACUCGCUCUCCAUCACUCUUUGCAAGCGCGCCGAUCCCGCCUGCAAGCCCAAUGCAGAAAACACAUUCAUCAUGCACAUCUUUCACUUCAAGUCCUUCUACGAUUGGCACAGCGUCUAUGAGCCUUACGUCGUGCUUUUCCAGCAACAAGCACCCUUCGCUAUGCACGCCAUUGCUAAAAAGCCCUUAUGGAUUCACGGCCGCGAUGUCCUGACCGAAAUGACGGGUGCCAUCAAGUGGGAGGGCCGGCAGCUACCGCCUGGCCACUCGGAAAUGUUCUACAUCACUAGCAUGAGCUGGAAGGCUCACGGACAGAGAUAUCAUGGUUACAUUGAUGAUGUACUAUUUCUGGCUUUUGGAAUUGAAGACUCAAGACCAGCCGUGAUGGACGUGCUGGCAGGCGAUCUGUUACGCGAUAUGGGCUCCUGUACAGACGUCAAAGGCCCGGCACAGACUGAAAUUUGAAGACCAUCGCGAAAUAUUGCCUUGUCCUCCAUCGCAACUUUUUACCUCGGGCUCUGGCAUCGACGACCACCACAAUCCUCGAGUGAUCCGAGGGGCUAGCGCAAAUCGGAUUGCCUGGGAUCGCAUCUUCAUCAUCACUUUGCCUGUCACGGAUGAAGUUGCCUGUUGUGUUCCUACAUCACGCGCCGAGAUCGCACUUCUGAACCCGUCGAUGUUACCGGAGUCGUGCUUCCAGAAGAAAACGAUCACGGCCGGUUCAAUCUCAGAACCGUGCACGGCGGCAAAGUUUUUCCAUGAAGUUGGGACAACCGAGCAUCUUCCAAGGUGGUCACCCUGGGGCUCGUGCACAAGCUUCUACGCUUUUAAGUGCUACGGGCAGGAUCCCAGGGCUGCUGCCCUAUCACAGCUUCUUACAAAACGAGUCGUUUACAGAGUAAAUGUCAUUGGAUCAGGCAUGUGCUUGGAAGUGGUUUGUCAAAUGCCAUUCCUGCAUCGAAUGGAUUUUGAGGACUACCCAGUGGUGAAGCGGAUAAUUCACAUAGACGACAUUUAUGAUCGUUCAGGACAUUGAACUCAACCAAGACGUAGUCCUGGUCAAUCUCCUGACAGCUGCAGCCAGAGUGAAUCAGAUAUGCUCAACCGGUCAGCUUGGCGCUCCUCCUGGCCCAGGAUUAACUCGGAGGUUUUUGGCUCACAUCAGCAGCGCCUCAGGGCAUUGGAAGCGAACCACAGCGGCGUUCGGGGGCUGAUAAUUACGCCCAACGGGGAAUUGCCUUCUCAGGUCAUGGAUGAUUUAUUGGGGAGAUUUAUAGAAUAACAAUGCAU